AUGCCGGAGGAAGGGAAAAUGUUCUCCACCGUUGACCGAAACUUCAAGGACAUUAUGGCCAAGUGUGCCAAGAAUCCCCUUGUGCUGGAGGCCUGUACUCAGGUUGGAGUUCUAGAGAAAAUCAUUGACAGUAACGUUUUACUGGACAAGAUCAACAGAGGCCUCAAUGCCUACCUUGAAAAGAAGAGGCUUUUCUUCCCCAGAUUUUUCUUUCUAUCCAAUGAUGAAAUGUUGGAGAUCCUCUCGGAGACCAAAGAUCCACUACGUGUGCAACCACAUCUGAAAAAGUGCUUUGAAGGCAUUGCCAAGUUGGACUUUGAUUCUGACCUGGUGAUUCACGGAAUGUUCAGCAGUGAAGGUGAGGCUGUACAGUUCUCUUACACCAUAGACACAAAUGAGGCCAAAGGAGCUGUGGAGAAAUGGCUGCUGCAGGUCCAGAACUGUAUGCUGGUGUCUGUGAGAGAUGUCAUUGAAGAGGCCAUUGAGGAAUACCAAAACACGCCCAGAAAGCAAUGGGUGCAGGAGUGGCCUGGUCAAGUGGUCAUCUGUGUCGGGUCCAUUUUCUGGACACAGGAAGUACACGAAUCCAUUGGCAUGGGAUCUGAUGGUUUGAAUGCCUACCUGAAAGUGCUGCAUGACCAGCUGGGAGAUAUUGUUGACCUGGUCAGAGGCAAGCUGACCACUCAGCAAAGGAUCACUUUGGGAGCUCUGGUUGUUAUUGACGUCCAUGCCCGCGAUGUGGUUCAUGACAUUGCUCUCAAAG